AAUAACAUAAUUAAUGUACACCAACGGUUGCUGGUACUACCAACCGUUGUUGUACAUUAAACAUGGUAGGCCAAAUCCAGGUGAUAUGGUUGUGUCUCAGCGUGUCUACAGUAUACUCAGCUACCCAUUCCCUGAAAUAUUUCUACACAGCGCUCCCACAAUCUACUGGCCUUCCAGAGUUCAGCGCUGUUGCAUAUUUGGAUGAGCAACCAAUUUAUUUAUAUGACAGCUCUACAAAGCAAGUGGUAGCUCGACAGGAGUGGGUAAAAAUAGCUGUGGAUGCAGACUUCUGGAGAAGAAAUACACAACUUCUUAUGGACACUGAGAAGGUGUUCAAAACCAACAUGGACACUGCAAGAGAACGCUUCAACCAGACAAGUGCCCUUGCAUUGCAGAAAAUGUAUAGCUGUGAGUGGAAUGAGGAAACUGGUGCUACAGAUGGAGAUGAACUGUAUGGAUAUGGAGGAGAGGACUUCCUGACAUUUGAUCUGGAGCAAGAAAGAUGGAUUGCACCUGUUCAGCAGGGAUUUAGGACCAAAUUGAAGUGGGAUGCUGAUGGUCCUAAGCUUAAAGCCAAAACUCAAUAUCUAACCCAUACCUGUAUUGAAUGGCUGAAGAAAUAUGUUUCUCAUCAAAGCAUGCGGGAUAGGAAAGUCCCACCGCAGGUAUCUUUGCUUCAGAAUGACCUCUCCUAUCGAGUGACCUGCCAUGCAACAGGCUUCUAUCCAGACGCUACCAUGAUAUUUUGGAGAAGAGAUGGAGUAGAGAUCCAUGAUGAUGUGAAGCAUGAAGAGACCCUGCCUAACGGGGAUGGGACGUAUCAGAAGAGAACCCAUCUCACUGUGUCCCCUGAAGACCUACAGAAGCACGACUACACAUGCACUGUCCAACACAUUAGCGGUGAUGUGGUUCUGUCUGCUAACAGGGACAGCAUUCGCAGCAACAGCAGGAAAUGCAACAGCAGCAAUACUCAAAGGCAGGACAUCUCCAUCAUCAUUGUCCCAGUGGUCUUGGUAUUGGUCUCAUUGGUCAUCUUUGUUGUGGUUUUCGUAAUGACACAGAAGUUCAGCAACGGAAAAGAACAAACGUCUGAAAAGGAAAUACUAUGUGCAACAAGUCCCCUGGAGAAGGGUGUUCCUCUGCUCAACGAUGGUGAGUUCAGAUUUCUCUUUUACUAAAACUUCAUGGUAAGACAGAAGUUAUUUUAUGUUUAAAUCUCAGUGGACUCAAGUAUGACCCUUCGGCAGUAAAGAAUUUCAGUCUGGCAGUUGUUUCCCUUUUCAUUAAGAGUAUAAUUUGAGGAGUUGAACGUUAAAGACCUUUGCAAAAAUUAUGUAAAUAAUCCGUCAAGGCAUUUCCUCCAUUACUGAUUGAAAUAAAACAUUAAAAAAACAUUUAUUUCCCCCUAGCAAAACCUGCCACGUGGAGAGUUAUUGUCAGUGAUAAUACAUUUUUAUAUUGAUAAGUGACCCCUCUCGUAUGUUUUCAAUCUACUUUGCGUACUUGAAACCUGGGAAAUUGAAGCAGAGAUAUAUCAAAUCCAGACUCAGCAAUAUGACAUCACCAUACACUGUUGGGAGCAUAGAUAUAUGGUCUGUGGUGGAGAGACUUCAUACAUUUACAUUUACAUUUUAGUCAUUUAGCAGACGCUCUUAUCCAGAGCGACUUACAGGAGC